AUGCUGACCGACUCGAGCAAACGCAGCGUUUUCAGGUCCGUUUCCGAGGACCGGUGGUUGAUCAAAAUCCAGUCGUAUUCGGACGACUGGUCGCUCAGAAACAGUUCCAGGUUCGAACACAGGUGGGGGCGGAUCUGGACAAUCCCAGAAGAGUCCACCAAAUACAAAAGAACUUUGCGCAUGUCCUCCGACAACGAGGCGGUGUUGAAAACGGCAUGGAGAACAAACUGUUUGCCGGUCUUUAAGAACUCGUUGGCCAAAUACAGCACCGAACGCUUGAUCGGAGCCAGUUUGCGGCAGUUACCGCUGGUUGCUCGGCCGUUGGUGCCCGUGCGACACUACGCGCCACCCCUCGCAGACUUCACAAAGACAAAGGUCCAGAACCAGCAGUAUUCGGACCAUAACAGUCUGCCACUAUUUAUUGCCAUCACCCCGGCUGCGGCCGAAAAACUCAACAGCAUUUCCCUGGAGGACCACGACUCCAACCUGGCGCUCCGUGUGCAGGUGGAGAGCGGUGGAUGUCACGGGUUCCAGUACCAUCUCAAGCUCACGAGCAUGGAUACGUUCCAGCCCGAGGAGGACUCUGUGUUUGUGCGAGACGGAGCCCGAGUGAUUGUGGACAAGACGAGUCUGGAGAUUUUGCGGGAUUCCAAGAUCGACUACGUGCACGAGCUGAUUGGCUCGCAAUUCAAGGUCGUCGACAGCCCGUUCACCAAAAGCAGCUGUGGUUGCGGCUCGAGCUUCGACUUUGACUUUGACAAGCUCAACCAGAGUACAUGA